AUGACGGGGACGGACGGCGCUCGAGUUGAACUUCCCCGCGCCACCAAGCGUUUCGGCCCCGACAGCUCCCACGGCGGCCGGUCCAACCCUUUCAACGCCCUCUCCCCCCUCUCCGGCGGCGUGUCCUCUCCGUCUACAAACGCCUCCUCUGCAUUCGGCCUGGGCUCCGGUGCCUUUGCGUCGUUUGGAACCCCCAAAACCCCCGGUGCACCUUCCGACCUGAAAACUCCCGGCGAGAAGCGUGAAAACCCUGUCGACCAGGUUUCCGCUGCUGAGGCCGGCAAACCUAAGGGCGCUGCCUUGACGCUCAAGGAGCACCCGCUCAAGUCCACUUGGAUUAUCUGGUACCGGCCUCCCACACCUAAAUACUCCGAUUACGAAAAGUCUACCGCUCCGCUUGCAUCCAUAUCAUCAGUAGAGAGUUUCUGGUCGAUCUAUUCGCACCUAAAGAGGCCCUCUCUGCUCCCCACAGUCUCCGACUACCAUAUCUUCAAAAAGGGCAUCCGUCCGGUAUGGGAGGACGAGGCCAAUAAGAGAGGUGGAAAAUGGGUGGUGAGGCUGAAGAAGGGGGUUGCGGAUCGCUACUGGGAGGAUCUCCUCCUGGCUAUGAUCGGUGACCAGUUUGCAGAGGCUAGUGAUGAGGUUUGUGGUGCGGUGCUCAGUGUGCGGAGCGGGGAGGAUGUUCUGAAUGUGUGGACCCGCAUCGAUGGCGGGCGGAACAUCAAGAUCAGAGAGACAAUCAAACGUCUGCUGAACUUCCCGGCCGACACCAAUAUCGUCUGGAAGAGUCAUGACGACAGUAUCGCCCAACGUUCGGCCAUCGACCAGGCUCGCCAGGAGAAGGCCGCCGGAAACGCCGGUCAUCACCACCAUCACCAUCACCAUCACCACCACCACAACAACAACAACAACCACAAUCACAACCAGCAAAACCAGCUGGGCGAUCGACGAAGAGUUACGGCGAAUGACGAGGGGGAUAAAGGAAAAGGCACGACAUCUUGA